UUUGUUCUUGGCUCAAUCAGUGAGUGUGUGCGUGUGUGUGGAUCUCUUCCAGGGUCAGUAGCGGUGGCGGAGUUCGUUGCUGAGAGCCCACGCCUACUGCGGCUGGACCUCCGUGAGAAUGAGAUCAAGACCGGUGGCCUCAUGGCUCUCUCCCUCGCUCUGAAAGUCAACACAUCCCUGCUCAGACUGGACCUGGACAGGGAGCCUAAGAAAGAGUCUGUGAAAAGUUUCCUCGAGACCCAGCGAGCCCUGCUCUCGGAAAUCCAAAACGGCUGCAAACGCAACUUUAUCCUGGCCAAAGAGACAGAGGAGACGGAUCAAAACAUGCGCCAGUCUGCCUCCAUGCCCGAGAUCACCAUGGCACUGCCACAGACUGAGGAAGAAGUGGCAGCCGAGGAGAGCGGGCAGGGGGAGGGAGGAGGUACUGGCGAAGGAGGAGCUGGCGAACCACCAAUACGCAAACAGGAGGAGGAGAACGAAGGAGGAGCAACAACCUCUAACAUCCCGGAGCAGGAAUCCGAUUCAGAUACUGAUGAUGAAGUGGAGGGACCCACACAGGCUCCCGUCGCUGUGGAGAAGACGACGACGACUCCUCCCCCCUGCCAUCCUGAACCCCCAGCAGCUGCGGUGGUGGAGCCCCCUAGCGGUUCUGGAGACGCUGCACCUCCCUCUCGUUUAGAAGAUAAACCUGUGCCAGAGAUCACCCUGUCCGACCCCACUGUCACCCUCGGCUCCCCCACCCACAGCAACGAGAGACACAUUUCUGUCUCCAGCCCAGGCCGGGGCCAUAAAAUCUUCGUAGUGACCCGUGUGGAAAGCCCCCCUGAGCAGCCUCUGCAGGCGGUGAGGAAAGCACAGACCACGCCUUUGCCAAGCCCGUCAGCGACUCCGAUCCCGAGGAAAGAAGACGGGCAGGCCAGCCUGGCCGCGGAGGCAGGUCCACUAAAGGACUCUGGAUCGGAUAAGCCUGCCCCUGGUGUUGCUGACAGCCAUCUGCCAGACAUACCCUCCAAAGCAGAGGUCAGGGAGGGGGCGCUGUGUGCUGCGGCUGCAGGGGGCACCUUGCCCAACGGGCUCAAAGCAGAGUUCGCCCGAAUCCUGCCUGAAUUCUCCGGGACUCCUGAGCCCAAAGGGGUGAGCUACCCUGCUGAGAACGAGCUGAAUUGUUGGGAGGAUGAGAAGGAGCUGAAAGAGCUGCUGCUGGAAGCGAGCCUGGAGACUGGGAGAGAAGCACUGUGACACGGCCACGGGGUCCUUAACUCGGGAGAUUGACAACUGCAGGCCGUCCCUGGAACUCGGCUGCUUUUUUUUUUUUUUUUUUUUUUUUUUUUUUUU